UCAGCAGGGGAGGGGAAGCUCAUACCUGCCAGGUGGAAGUGAAUCCUGCUUCUUAUUGGCUGAGAGGAGUUAAAUAGGAGUGGUUAGUCUCCUCCUACUUCCCUUUCUUUUCAAAAGCACGAAUGAAAGCAGCUGGGAAGUGAAAAGAGAAGGAAAUUUUCAAGCAGUGGACUUCUGAAACAGCUGAGUCAAAAACGCAGAGAGUCACAGAGGUACGACUUGUGUUCCUGGAAAGCUGACAGGCAGACCGAUCACUCAGACCUACAGCAAACAUGGCCUCCGUUGCACCGUUCGGCCGCAGGCAGUGGGCAUCCCAGUCGCUCAGGGUCACCGCCAAAGAGCUGUCAAUCGUCUCUGCCCGGGGUAAAAACACCGCCAUCGCAGAGCGCUUCUCCAAGUACCAGAUGGCAGCAGAAGAGGGCAGCAUAGAGAAGAAGAAAACGGUUGUGGAAGCUCUACCCUCGACACUGUGUGGCGGGAACCUGAGUGUUUUAAAGAAACGCUGGGAGCAGCAGCAACAGCAGGAACCGCCGUCCAUCCAGAGAUCCCAAUCUCAGGCCCCUCGGACUCCAGUCAGCACGUUACCAGGCUCCAGAUCUGCACCUUCAUCCCAAAUCAAGCUUCAGCAAGACCCCCUAAAAACUACAGUAGUCUCACAGGACCAGGAUACAGAGAUCCAGGUUCACAGAGUAACCAGAGAGACCAGCCAGGACAUGACGGACAUGGAGGCGAAGCCCAGCAGAGAGUCAGAGGAGCAGGAGGGAGCGGCGGCAUCGGCAGCUGAAGUGCCCGAGUGCGAGAAGCCCAGCAUCCCCCUCAACAGCCUCAAGAUGAUGUUCGAGAAAGGAGAAAGCCCAGAAAAGGCAUCCAGAGAGCAGACAGGCCGAGGAAACACUGGCAGCAUGGACCAACUACUAGGAGAUGGAAGCCUCGCCGAGUCCACGCCUCUCCGUGAUCGGAUGGCCCUCUAUCAAGCGGCCAUCUCCAAACAGGAAGUCCCUCCCGCUUCAGUCAAUGACGAUGAGCUGGAUGGUUUCAGUGGGAAGCAGAAGGAGAACGUCCCCCCGUGCACUCUGGACAUGGUGAGAGUUUAUAGCCUGAAGGUGUUUUUGUUCCAGUGCGUCAACAACAGCGUCUACUGCAAGCCGCACUUCUCCCAGCUCUUCAAGGCCAAAGGAAACUACGACGAGGGCUUCGGCCACCGGCCGCACAAGGAACUUUGGGAGGGCAAAAACGAGAGCGCUGAGGCCUCGCCGACAUCUGUAACCAAGCCAACGGCCCAGAGCCCGACCACACCCUCAGACCAGGAAAGCCCCAGUGUGGAGGACUCACCCUUGGCUAAAGUCAACGUCCUGACGGCCACCAUGGAGGCUCUGGGACAAGGUUCCUCAGAGAAGGCUGACAAACCCACAGAGACCCGCAGGCUGAAGAUCUCCUGGCCACCAAAAACUGAGCCCGAGGACACGCCCAGCCGCGGUGGAGCCGCCGCCAACACAGAGGUGGUCUCCACGGGUAAACCAAUCAGAGCCAAGUGGCCUCCAGAGGAAGACUCCCCAUCCACACCCCCAGAGGAAGCCAGGGGCUCACCUGUUCUGCGUCGAAACACCCCCCUGAAGGAGCGCAGCAUGCCCUUCACCGCGGCAGCUCAACCUGACAGCCCUCCUGCUCCUGAGCCCAAAAAGCAGAGUGCACCGGUAGAGCGGCAGCCGAGUCCUGAACCCGCCAGCAUGGACCUCCAGCACGGCGGCCAGUCGUCAGACAGCCAAACCCCCACCGAGGACAGCUGUGUAGAUGUGCACACCAGCUCCGGAGAGGAAGAACAGGAAGAGGAGAUGAAGAGCGAAGACGCUACAGACCAUCAUCUCCCCACAGAGGAGGAUCUCGAUGACGCUGCAGGAGGACAAGGUGAAGAGGAGGAGCAGAUGGAGGAGGAAGACGGAGGCGUGCUGGAGGAAGACAUGCCAGAUGCUAAACUUCAGGAGACUCCAACUGAGCCGACUGCAGUCUCCUCUCCGGAGGCAGAGGUGGAGGCCAGCCGGUCGUCUCAGGACGUGGGCUUCUGGGACAGCGAGGAAGAGCAGGAGGAGCUGACGGUGGAGGAGCUGAUUAAACGUAACCGACACUACGAGGAGGAAGAAGAAGAAGAGGAAGAAGGGGACGUAUAAAGUGAAUUUUCUGCUCUCGGCCAAAACGACGACGUCCACGGACGCUUAACUGAUCUUCUGCCAUUCCUCCUCCUUCAGACAGUUUCUUCUUCUCUUCUUGAUAUAAAGUUGCAGCCGUGUCAAGAGUGAAUUUUAUUCGUGCCUCUUUCACGACAUUUAGAAUAAUCAAAUUUUUUUAAAAAGAUAUUUAAAAUGAUUCCCCUUUAAAUAAAUAUUUUUAACCCAAAUGUUAUGAGUCACAGAAUAGAGGUUUUAAUUUUUUUUGUGUACGCAACUUUUGUAAUUUUGUAUUUUCAUCGGAUGCUUCAUUAUCAAACUGCUGUCAUGAGAAACCGACUGCACGGUCUUAUUAGACUGCAGCUCAGCUGUGACUGAAACGUUUCUGAAUCAAGACAAAGUAGAAAAUAAUAAGUUUGGUUUUUUUUUUUCUCAGAAGAAUCCAGCUGUGACUUUUGAGUUCUUGAUCCCACAGAUGGAUGACAGUUAAAGGAAAAACCUACAGCUUUAAUGCACCUUGGCAUUGACUCAGGUAGCCUAAUGGCGAGCGAGUUGAGAGCACGGUCUAAAACGCUUGUUCAGAAUCUCCCAUAGGCGUUUGUUUGGCUUGAGAUGUGUUGAUUGUGAAAGCCGCAGCCUAUGAGUAACUUUAUUUUCACCCUCAAACCACUGUGAGCCCUCGUGUCCAGGUGGAGGCACUGUCACCCAGGAAGACUUCCACCAGGAUGGAAAUGUUUCAGGUGGACCCAGACUAGCACACCGCCACCUCUCACUGCGUGGGUCAGGUUUUUUUUUGUUUUUCCUUUAAUUUGUCACAUAUGUAACCAUGAACGCAUUGAACUGUAAGAGACAAAUGAUCAUUUGUUUCCACUUCUGACAAGUUAAAACUGGACGUGAUUAUUGUAACAUUUUAAGCCAGGGGACCAAACAGCCUGACCUGCUACUGUAUAAAUAAACUGUUAAACUUUGAGUAUCUUUUGACAUACUGCUUAAGAUUGUUUUCAAAAACUGUGAUGUACUUUUGUAAUUUCGCAUUAAAGUUUGGCUGAUGUUUUA